CAAAGCCCCCCCAAAACCCCUCCCGUGCCCCCCCCCCAGGUGCCCCCCCGGCUCUGGGGGGGGCGAUGGAGACCAACGUGAGCGACGAGAGCGGCCACUUCCAGUCGUACCCCUUCGACUUCCUGGACUUCCUGACCCACCAGCGCCCGGAGCCGCCGGAGCCCUUCGAGCCCCCCAAGGCGCUGCCCCUCCCCCCGCCCCCCUUCGAGUACCCCCCCCCUCCCGGGGCCCCCCCCUUCGACCGCCCCCCCCCGCCCAAGCACAAGCCCGAGGCUGCUGCUUCUUCCUCGUCCUCCUCCUCCUCGUCCUCCUCGUCCUCCUCCUUGACCUCCUCGUCCUCGGCGCAGCCCAAGAAGCCGGAGGGCCCUUUGGGGGGUCCCGCGGGGGCCCCCCCGUACCCGCCCCCGCCCCUGCCCCCCCCGCCCCACCAGCCCCUCUUCGAGGCCGCCGGCGCCUUCCCCGCCCCGCAAUGGGGCAUCGUGGACCUGUCGGGGCACCAGCACCUCUUCGGGGGGCUCAAACGGGGCGGGGCCGGCGCGGGGGCCACGCCCGGGACCCCCCCGGCGCCGCCCGAGUCGGGGUCGAAGGAGGAGCGGAGCUACUUCCGGCGGCUCAAGUACCUGGUGGAGCGGCGCUUCCCCUGCGCCGCCUGCCCCAAGGCCUUCCGCCAGGCGGCCCAGCUGGUGCAGCACGUGCAGGCCCACGGCGCCGAGCGGCCCUACGAGUGCCGCACCUGCGGCCGCACCUACAGCCACGGCUCCAGCCUCGUGCGGCACCGGCGCUGCCACCGCGACGCCCCCGACGACGCCGGCGCGGCCGCCGCAUCCGCCACGGCCGCCGCCACGUCCAGGGCGGUGCCGGUGCCUAGCGGGGCCCCCGCGGUCUUGGCGUUGGCCAACGGGGUCAACGUGAGCCCCGGCGGGGUCAACGCGGUAGCCAACGGAGUCAACGCGGCGCCCAACGGGGUCAACCCCUUGGCCGGCGGGGUCGGCGCCGUGCCCAACGUCAACGCGGCGCCCAACGGGGUCAACGCGGCGCCCAACGGAGUCAACGGGGUCAACGUGGCGGCGAGCGGGGUCAACGCGGUGCCCAACAGGGUCAACGCCGUGCGCGGCGUCAACGUGGCUCCCAAUGGGGUCAACCCGGCGGCCGGCGGGGUCAACGCGGUGCCCAACGGAGUCAACCCCUUGGCCGGCGGGGUCGGCGCCGUGCCCAACGUCAGCGCGGCGCCCAACGGAGUCAACGGGGUCAACGUGGCGGCGAGCGGGGUCAACGCGGUGCCCAACAGGGUCAACGCCGUGCGCGGCGUCAACGUGGCUCCCAAUGGGGUCAACCCGGCGGCCGGCGGGGUCAACGCGGUGCCCAACAGGGUCAACGCCGUGCGCGGCGUCAACCUGCUGCUGCACCGGCGGCGGCACCUGCGCCGGCGGCCCUGGCCCUGCGGCGGCUGCGGGCGGCGCUUCUGGGCGGCCGCGCUGCUGCGGCGGCACCGGCGCCGCUGCCUCGCCCGCCUGCGCUGCUGCACCUGCGGCCGGGCCUUCCGCCGCGCGCGGGCCCUGCGGCGGCACCGCGCCGGACACGCCGGGGCCGGGCCCCUGCGCUGCCCCCGCUGCGCCAAGCGCUUCGCCCACCCCGCCGGCCUGGCCGAGCACCAGCGCCGGCACCGCCCGGCGCGGCCGCGGCGCUGCCGGACCUGCGGGGAGACCUUCGGGCGCCGCUCGGAGCUGCUGGAGCACCGGCGCCGGCACCUGGGCGAGGACGUUUACCGCUGCGAGCGCUGCGGGAAGGGCUUCUUCUACCUGCCCUGCGUCCUGCGGCACCAGCGCGGCCACGAGCGGCGCCGGGGCCCGCGCUGCCCCAACUGCUGCCGCCGCUUCGGCGACGCCCGGCGCCUGCGCCGGCACCUGGCCGGGCACGAGGCCGGGCGGCCCUUCCCCUGCCGCGCCCGCGGGGAGCCCGUCGGGACCCCCGAGGAGGGGCCGCGGCAGCACCGGCGGCACCGCGGGGGCACCGCGGCGGGGGCGGCCCCGGGGGAGUGA